AGAGAAGUGAAGAGUGAUUUUCAAUAAGGACAUCAUUGGUACGGUAUCUGGGACAAACAUCGUCUGUCACAAAAUCAAACUUAAAAUGAAAACUAGGUGAAAGGAAACGUCCCUUAGGAUCAUCCAUUGGAUUGUCAGAUUGUUCCUGUUUCUCUUCAGAAAAAAACAUUGGAUUCUGUCUAUAUUCAGACAAAGUGAACGAAAGAGGAGGAUAACCCGUACUGGAGGAUAACCCGUACUGGAGGAUAACCCGUACUGGAGGAUAACCCGUACUGGAGGAUAAUCUGUACUGUGGCUGUUUGCUCCCUAAAAGCUGAGUCAAUCAUACAGUAGAAGUAAAGGAGGGUUCGGAGCUGGUUUCUCUGCACUACUCUCUCACUGCUUCUGAACACAAAUUUGGAGUAGGAGAGGAUUUCUCGCUGUCUUUCUGACUGAUUUCCUACUCAGUAUUUUUUGACUGACUGAUGACCUGAGCUCGUUGCUCGUUGUUGCCGCUGUUUUUCUGCUACUGCACAACUCUCUGAUACCACUGUCCUGUCUGAGCAUCCUCCUUCUCCCUCCUCCUCUGCCCGCUGUCCUCCUCUUCCACUUCUACUCUGCCAGUUGAUGUCUUUUCUCUGCAUACUCUCCCACUGCUCUGCAGAACAACACACUCAUGGUCGAUGCCAAGGGCCGGAAAAUGAAAUGUCUGACCUUCCUCUUGAUGCUCCCAGAGUCAGUAAAGAGCAAGUCGGCGAGUUCUAAGAGCUCCAAAAAGACAGUUAACGUCGGUGGUGCUUCCGGGGGCAGUACCGGGUCCAAGCUGCCGCCGGUGUGCUACGAGAUCAUUACCCUGAAGAACAAGAAGAAGAAGAAGAUGGCAGCAGAUAUUUUCCCCAGUACUAAGAAGCAGGGUGGAGGGUCGUCCGCCACAGUGCAGGAGUACCAACAACAGAACCUGAAUAAUAACAAUACCAUUCAGAACUGUAACUGGCAGGGGCUGUACUCCACUAUACGAGAGAGGAACUCUGUGAUGUUCAACAAUGAGUUGAUGGCCGACGUUCACUUUGUGGUUGGACAAACAGGAGGGACGCAGAGACUACCAGGACACAGGUAUGUUCUGGCUGUUGGCAGUUCUGUGUUCCAUGCCAUGUUUUAUGGAGAGCUGGCGGAAAACAAGGAUGAAAUCCAAAUUCCGGACGUGGAGCCUGCAGCGUUCCUGGCCAUGUUGAAGUACAUCUACUGUGAUGAGAUAGACCUGAGUGCUGACACAGUGCUGGCCACGCUCUACGCUGCUAAGAAGUACAUCGUGCCUCACCUGGCCAGAGCCUGUGUUAACUUCCUAGAGACUAGCCUGUCAGCUAAGAAUGCCUGCGUCUUGCUGUCACAGAGCUGUCUGUUCGAAGAGCCCGAACUCACACAACGCUGCUGGGAGGUGAUUGACGCCCAGGCAGAGCUGGCCCUGCGGUCGGAGGGUUUCACUGACAUCGACUCCCAGACACUAGAGAGUAUCCUCCAGAGAGAGACCCUCAACGCCAAGGAGGAGGUGGUGUUUGAGGCAGCUCUGAGCUGGGCCGAGGCAGAGUGUCAGAGACAGGACCUCACCACCUCCAUAGGCAACAAGAGAAAGGUUCUGGGCAAGACCGUUUUCCUGAUCCGCGUCCCCACCAUGGCGUUGGACGACUUCGCCAACGGUGCCGCCCAGUCGGGCGUCCUGACUCUGAACGAGACCAACGACAUCUUCCUGUGGUACACCGCUGCCAAGAAACCGGACCUCCAGUUCGUCAGCCAGCCACGGAAGGGGUUAUCUCCGCAACGCUGCCACCGGUUCCAAUCCUGCGCCUACCGCAGCAACCAAUGGCGUUACCGAGGGCGAUGCGACAGCAUUCAGUUCGCCGUUGACAAGCGUGUCUUCAUCGCCGGGUUCGGACUCUACGGCUCCAGCUGCGGCUCUGCAGAGUACUCAGCUAAGAUCGAGCUCAAACGCCAAGGCAUUCUCCUUGGACAUAACCUGAGUAAAUACUUCUCUGACGGUUCUAGUAACACGUUCCCUGUGUGGUUUGAGUACCCCGUGCAGAUAGAACCCGAUACGUUCUACACGGCUUCUGUAGUUUUGGAUGGGAACGAGUUGAGUUACUUUGGUCAGGAAGGAAUGACAGAGGUGCAGUGUGGGAAGGUGACGUUCCAAUUCCAGUGUUCGUCAGACAGCACCAAUGGGACAGGAGUACAGGGGGGUCAGAUACCUGAACUCAUUUUCUACGCCUAAAGGAACACAAUGAAAUGGAUUUUCACCAUUACUGACUUUAGUGAAGUAGAGUAAAAAGUUGCCCCAAGUCGCUGAUGUUGGAUCAGUUUUACAUUUGCCCCACUAGUAGUUAAGGUUAAGAUUAGGGUAGGGGAAACUGAUCCAAACGUCAUCCCGGAGUGACUUUGAUGCCCAUGGAGAUGUGUUUGUUUUUACAGCACUUAUUACUGACUUUGGUUUGAUGGGUGAAACAUAUCCAUUGCGAAGACUGAUUGAGAAUGGAUUGAUCUAGAUGGCACUUAUUUUGCAAGUGAUGGCUGUCAUCAUAGUGAUGUGAUAUUAUCCCAAUGCUGACUGUGACGGAUAAUUUCCCUGUACGUUAUAUAAAUAUUAUUUGUUUUCUCUCUUUCUUUAUAUGUGGAAUUUUGGAAUUUGACAAUUCAUGAUUGAGAAUUCCCAGCAAACAAGGGGACAUCCUGAGGACAUUUCCAUUAGGUCCCUUAAGGGUUUAGGGGCAACGUUAUCUCACAGACGCUCUGGGAACAUUCUAACAACAUUGCAUGAUGGUCCCAAUGGAACGUUCACUGGGGGACCUUUUUCUAGUUGCCAGUUUGUCCCGGGAAUGUUUUUAGGACGUUGUGUCAUAGUCCUCUGGAGGUUUUGUCUACUUUCCCAAUUGUCACGAGGACGUCCCAGAGGAUAUUUUAAGGACAUUCCUGGGACGUUGGAGGGGUUUUGUCACGUGAUGGAUUGACAUGAUCGUACUGACUUUUCAACAUAAACCCACCUAGAAGUUGAACUCUCAAUUGCUGGAUUUACAGUAUGCUGUGCCAAAAAGUCUGUAGAUUGUCAAGUCCCUUACACAUUCGUUACCUAUAAUAUAUCUUCUCUGCGCUUAGAAAAAAGAGUGCCAACUGCACUGCUAUUUUAGCUAUCAGUUAAUCCGAAUAUUCUCUUAUCCUUGAUUUCAUUUAAUUACUGCAAAAAUUUGAGGGUUUUCAGUAUAGUUGUCUAAUGUUGGUGAGGCAUGCCGUAUUAUUCUGACACUCCUUAAUCACGAUGAUAAAUGUAAUACUUUUUUCAGAAAUUUACUUUGAAGAGCAAAGUGUAGGAAUACAGGUAAUAUCAGUCAUUGACACAGACAUGGUGGGGUAGCAGGACGAUUGCAAUGUGGUGAACCCAGAGGUUGUGAGUUCAAAGCCCAGGUGAGGACGUGUUGAAUAAUAAUUUCUGUAUAAAUAAACGUACACCAACGUAAUAAAUCUACGUCAAAGUGUGUCACAUAUGAAAGUUGAAACAAAUGUAUGUUAAAAAUACCUUUUUUGUGUCCCUAAACAUUGCCAAAAGUUAAGUAUUCGUUGUAAAGGGAUCAGUUGAUCACCAAUCAGGAAUAGGCAAAAGUAACAAUGGCUGACGUGUAAUGGGGGGGACUGUGUCUUUCUGACCAUCAUGAACAAGCCGGGAACUAGAAAAAACCUUCAGGGGACCAUGACGCAACGUCCUGACCACUUUCUGGGGACCAUUUCAAGACGUCCUGGGGACCAUUUCAAGACGUCCUGAGGACCAUUUCAAGACGUCCUGAGGACGUCCUAAGAACUUCGUUUUGUUUUGCCGGGAUUUACAUUGAAUUACAUGGUACUGGACGGUCAGCACUUUGUGCCGUGAGUUCUUCACCUCAAACAGACUCCUUAACCUCAAAUAACUCAACAACAGACAUCUCACUGGGAACGGAUCAUCAUUGGAUUAUAUAACAUGAAUUACGAUUAAAAAAGGAAUUGAUUCCGUGCAAA